AUUUCUUCAUUUAUACAUUAUUUUGAUAAUAAGCACCAUGUCAUAUGGAACCGUAACUACACCGAACAACCGCACAAGAGGGGCCGACGAUGUUGCCCAGACAUCGCAAGUCGGAAACGAUGGUGUUGGAAUUGAAGAUGCGACCCCACUUACUAGCGAACAGGCGGACAAUCUUGAAGGAUCCAAAGAUGGACAACGGCGGACAGUUUGGCAAAGAUUGAAGAGGUUUUAUGAAAGGAAUAUUGGCCUCUUCUUCGUCUUCUUAGCUCAAGUAUUUGCAUCACUCAUGACAAUGACAACUCGGCUGCUCGAGACGGGCUUCGAGAAGAAGUUUCAUGCGUUGCAAAUUAUCUUCGUACGCAUGCUAGCUACUGCUGUACUGGGAUCGUUGUAUAUGUGGUACAAGAAGGUCCCCGACUUUCCACUAGGACGUCGGGAUGUUAGAGGACUCUUAGUCCUGCGAGGUCUAUCCGGCUUCACUGGACUUUUCUGUUCUUACUAUUCGCUCUCGUACUUGAACAUCUCCGAUGCUACCGUCAUCUCUUUCCUCGUUCCAACCAUGACUGCAUUUAUAUGUUUCAUAGCCUUAAGGGAACCAUUCACAGUAAGGGAGGCAAUAGCGGGUCUUAUCGCGUUUGCUGGCGUACUCUUCAUCGCCAGACCGACAUUCCUCUUCCCUCAGCACGAAGCGGGACAAACAGAGCCAAACAGCACCAGCCUUUUUAUGGUAGAACAACCUAAAGGCAUAGUGCCCUCAGUGCCUGCAACACCAGCCCAACGCGCCAUUGCUGUCCUUCUAGCAGUGAUCGGCUCGUUUGCUGCGGCGUCCGCGUACUCCACUAUUCGAGUUAUUGGGAAACGUGCGCAUUCCCUCGUGAGCGUCAACUAUUUUGCCGUACUCGCGACGGUUGUUUCAUUUAUUGUUGUUCUGGUUGUUCCAGACCUGCAUUUCGAGAUCCCCGAGAAUGCUACUCAAUGGUCAUUAUUGAUAGCGAUCGGUAUCGCUGGAUUCCUACUUCAAUUUCUCCUGACGGAGGGGCUCCAGAGGGAGAAGGCAGGAAGAGCAACAAAUCUCAUAUACACGCAAAUGGUCUUUGCGCUGAUCCUUGAGCGAGUAGUCUGGGGCACGACACCUCCAGCAGAAAGUCUCUUCGGCAGCGCCUUGAUCAUCGGAUCCGCAUUAUGGGUUAGUCUACAGAAGAACAAGACACCCCCUACCCAAAAGCCUCCAGUUGUCGAUGAAGAGCAAAGCCUCUUAGGAGCCGGUGCUCCUUCGGAGGGCCGUGACGACUGAUCUUACGUGAUUUACCUUUUCGGUUCCAGGGCCAUUUUUUACCUGCUAGUUCAAGAGAGUACUAGUCAUAGAAGUCCUGCGGCUGAAAAUCAUGGGUUGGAUUGCUGACCCUACCAAAGCCGUCACUAAAUUUUUGACAGGAUAAUUCUUGAUAACAUCCCUUUUUAUUGUGGCACAGGAAUUACAUG